AUGUGCGUGGCAAUGAUGUUCUGGUGGGCACCCGCGCUAUUUUCCGCGGUUGCCCUGGGCAGUUGGCUUGGUGAGGAUUCCACUCACAAGGCUUUUGCCGUCGGUGGUCAAAGCGAGCGGGGUGACGCAAAGCGGGAGCAGAUGAAGCGGGAAUAUGCGGCCCUGGCCUUGGAUGCCUUGGGAGAUCUGAGCGCGGUCUCAGCUCUUGAUCUGCUUUCAGUGAGGGAUAUAGCCAUGGCAAAGCAGAAGAAAGACGGUGUCCAUUUGCUUUCAGCAGCUUGGCAGGCCGUCGCCGAAGAAGACGACGAAGGAAUCCCAGGCAAACGAAGCAAGCAUGAGCAGCCUUGGCAGCCCCAGCCCAACCUUUCGCGAGAAGCUUUGGGGCUAAACUUCGGACGCCACAGCGGGAUGAGCUACAGGGAGGUGGCUCGCAAUCAUCCAGGCUACGUCCGCUGGGCCCUAAGCCAGCCAAGUCCGACAGGUGGACUUCGAUCGUUCGUGGCCUGGCUGCGGGCUCACCCUCCUGACGAUGCGAGGGAUGAGGGUUCCUCUUUCAACUAUGCGAGCUCCGCUUCAGACGAUAGCGAAUCAGAACGUGACAUCGAUAGCGAAGCAGCCAGCGAAGAGCCAUCGAUGCAUGCCCAGGUGUUGCCUCUCCAUCUGCCCAUGGUCCAGCUCAUGGAGCAGAUGGUGCAGCAUUCCGGAAGGUUGAGGGAUCUGUCAAGACUGAUGCGCCAGAGUGUGGAGCAAAGGGGCGAUGUAACAUCUUCGUACAGUCUUUCGGCCCUCCUAGUGGAGCUACCACGAGUGACCUACUCCGCGAGCUUAUUCAGUGGAGCGCCCCAUCCCCAAAGCUGUCCCAUUUGCAUGGAGGACUUCGAUUCUUGGGAAGCUGGACAUGAUUCCGAAAUUGUCAUGACUCCUUGCCUUCACACUUUCCACAUUGGCUGUCUCCGAGGUUGGCUGAAGAGAAGCCCGGAGUGUCCGACGUGUAGAUGGGACAUUACAGAUUUGGGUGCUGACAAGGCCUUCGAUUCCAGCUGCGUUGAUCUUCCACAGACUCGUCCGGAUGUGCCUCGCGACUUGGAGAUCGUGGUGCCAGGGUCUUUGCUAACGUCUGCUGGAGGUAGUCAGCGGGACAGGAAUGCCGUUCUUCAGGGAGUUUCAAGCUGA